AUGGAUCCAAGCCACCAAAAGAGUGAGCAGGGCUUCCUCCCAUGUCGAGAGGAGGAGCCACUUCAUACAUCAGAUUAUUGCAGUGAGGUGGAUACCAAGGAGGGUUCAGGUGACCUCCAGACUGCAGGAUCCGUGGUCACUCCUGCUGUGCACUGGUCCCAGCAGCAGGGAUGUGACCCUGCAGCGUGGCUGAACUCUGAGCUGCUGCCACAGCCAACCAUCGAGAACCUGAGCAAAUGGGCCAUCUCCAAGGAGCCCCAGCUGACCAGCAGCCGUGUGAGGGUCUGCAGGGACCAGUGGGAGGCAGAAGAUGUUGCUGACAACAUGCUGGAGAUGGAGUUCAUGCAGGAACAGGUGUACAUGUGUGAAGAACACUGUGCAGAAAUUGAGGAGAUUGAAGAUCUAACCAGACUGGAGGAUGUCUGUGAGAGCUCAAUCCUGCUGUGCCUGAAGAAGAGGUUCCAUCGCAAUCUCAUUUAUACUUACAUUGGGCAAAUUUUGAUUUCUGUGAAUCCUUUCAAAGACCUCAGUAUCUACUCUGAAGAUGUGGCUACAGAGUACCAGCAAGGGACUCUCUCAAAAAAUGCCCCACACAUCUUUGCCAUAGCACAGAUGGCCUACACACUGUCCCAGUCAUCAGAGCAGGAGCAGUGUGUCAUCAUCAGUGGGCACAGUGGAUCAGGGAAAACAGAAGCUGCCAAAGCCAUUGUGCAAUACCUGACCAUGCUGUACCAGGGAUCUGACAGCCACAGGAUCAGACAGCCCUGCAAUGUCCUACCCAUCCUGGAGAGUUUUGGGAAUGCAAGAACCGUCCUCAAUGACAACUCCAGCCGUUUUGGAAAGCUGCUGAACAUCCACCUGCGACAUGGCAUCGUGGUGGGAACAUCCAUCUCCCAGUACCUGCUGGAGAAAUCUCGUGUGGUGUUUCAGGGCAGAGCAUGUGAUGUCCUGGGAAAGGAGGACAGUCAGGAUUUUCUGGUCUUGGUGCAAGCUCUGGAGGGAAUCAACCUCUCAGAUGAUCAGCUGAGCUCCACCUGGGCUGUCCUGGCUGCCAUUCUGCAGCUGGGGAACAUCUGCUUUACCUCCUAUGAGAAAGAAUCCUUUGAACACGCAGCCAUUGCCAGUGACACUGAGAUUCAGAUUGUGGCCAAUCUGUUGUGUGUCUCAGCAGAACCCCUGCAGAGUGCUGUCACUCACCGUGUCACUGUUACAUCUUAUGAUCGGAUCUUCACCCCUCUGUCUGUGGAAGGAGCCAUUGAUGCCAGGGACUCCAUUGCCAAGGCUCUGUACUCCCUGCUCUUUCAGUGGCUGCUGCUGAGGAUCAAUGAGUGGUUGGCUCCCUGGGAGUCUGACUGUGCCGUGGGCAUCGUGGACAUCCAUGGCUUUGAGGUUAUUUUUCAUGUUUGUCUGCUAUGGCCUAGGCAGCUGAGAGCUUGCAAACCAGACAGAAGAUGGUUUGAGCUGUUGGGGUUCAUUCACCCUGGCCAGAACCAGCAGCUCAGCUCAGCCUGUGCAGCAUUUACAGGGAGCCACAGCUCCCUGGGCCUCAGAAGUGAUGAUCCCUUCUUGUCUUUGCAGGAUCUGGGGGUGAACAGCUUAGAGCAGCUCUGCAUCAACCUUGCCAAUGAGCACCUCCAGUGGUUCUUCAGCCAGACUGUCAUUGCCCAGGAAGAGGAGGAAUACAGCCAGGAGCAGUUAGCUUGGAUUCCUAUUUCCAAGAUGUACAGUGAGUCCUGCCUGGAUUUCCUUACUGCAAAGCCCCACGGCAUCCUGUGCAUCCUGCAUGACCAGACAUCCCUGACCCAGGCCACAGACCACACUUUCCUCCAGAAGUGUCAUUACCACCAUGGAAACAGCCCUUGGUACACCAAGCCUAAGCUGCCUUUGCCAGAGUUCACUGUGCAGCACUACGCUGGCCCUGUCACCUACCAGGUCCACAAGUUUCUCAAUAAAAACCGUGACCAGCUGCGGCCAGAGGUGCUGGAUAUCUUCUCCCAGAGCCGCCUCAAGGUGGUGUCUCACAUUUUCCAGAGGGCUAAAGCUGCCUAUGGUCAGCAAAGGGAGUUGUGGGGCAGGGGCAAAGGGCUCAGGCCUCAGGCCUCCACACUGGUGUCCAAAUUCCAGCAGUCUUUGGAGGACCUCACAGCCAAGCUGAGAGGGAGCCAUGCCUUCUUCAUCCGGUGCAUCACCCCUAACCCCAGGAAGGUAGGGCAGCACCCUCAGCUCCUUAUGGAGUCCCUCAGUUCCUUCAUUUGUCUCCAACAGCUUUCCUUGCACAGCCGGGAUUUAAACUUUGUUUCAUUUGAUAGCUUGAGAUUUUUCUUCCCUGUUCUGUGUCCCACCCUUCCCAGUGGCCAUGUGGGUUUAUCCUGUGCUGCAGGAGCAGAAGCCAGGGUCAGCUGGACACCAAAGCAUCCCUUGGGCUUUGUGUUCCAUGGCCCACAGCCCACGGCAAGAUCCAAUCUAAGGACAGGACAAGAGAAGGAGACCCUUUCUAAACUCCCUGCCUUCAGUCUCCUUUCUUUAAUUUGUCUUUCUUUCUUGUUUUUCAUUUUUUCUUCUGCUUUAUCUUUGCAGCUGUCAAAUGUCUUUGAUGUGGAGUAUGUCAACAGCCAGCUGCGGCAUUCCGGGAUCCUGGAGGCCAUCCACAUUCGGAAGGAGGGAUACCCGGUCCGUCUGCCAUUCCAGAGCUUCCUGGCCAGGUACAGGGCUGGCCUGGCUUGGGAUCCCCCAGCCCUGGAUGUUUUGUCCUCUGAGGGCUCCAUCAGCGUGGAGCAGAGGGAAGGCUGUGCAGCAGUGCUGGCUCGUGUGGUGGGGAGCCCCUCGGAUCUCUAUCAGAUUGGAGUGACAAAGCUGUAUACCCAGCAUUCCUGGGCUUUACUUUUGCCACCUUCAUCCCUCCCUGAUUCCUUGUCCACCACAAAUCCAUCCAUCUCUGUCACGUGCACCUGCACCAAAGGGAUAAACCAGCAGUUUUUGUUAUUGAUCAGCUCUGGGAGAAGCUGCUGCUUCCCUCGUGGCUCAGCAGCUGCUGCCUUUGCCCAGGUGUUUCUGAAGGAGAAGGCCAAGCAGCUGCUGGAGAGACGAUGGCUCCAGAGGCAGAGCUGGGCUGUUGUCACUCUGCAGAGGAAAUUCCGCCGCCUCCUCCACCGCCGGCGCCUCCGUGUCCUCCAGGAGAAAGUCACAGUCAUCCAGGCUCAUUUCCGAGGGUACCAGGCAAGGAAGCGUUACAGGAGGCUGAAGAAGACUUUGGUGCAAUUUAAAAGCAUGGUUUUAAUCUCCAGACCUUUGGUUCGGAGGAGGAAGCGCUGCCAGGUAACAGCAGUCCUGUCAGAGCAAGGUGUACAGGAGGGGCUAUUCCUGCCCCAGGCAGAGCGAGCUGGGGACUGGGUGAGGCCAGGGCAGGGAUGGCCUUGGAAGGUUUGCAGGAGAGAGGCAGAGACAGACCCUCCUUCCCCAUCUCCAGCUGGGAGUCAGCAGGAGUUAGAGGAAAGGAAACAAAGAAGGAGCUCCCUGGCCUGUGGUGACACAGAGAAUAGUCCCAGCCAAGGAAUGGAUGUGGGGCUGCUGGAGAUCCCUGCAGAGCUCGCAGACCUCCUGCACUUUGUUGAAGGUCGACACCAAGCACAGGCCAACCAGAUAACUGAGACACAGCCCCCAGAAGUCAAGGUCAAGGAUAACCUUUCCCUCCCUCCCACCAUCAACAGCUAUCCUUUCUCCUCCUUCAUCAAAUCACACUUCCAGAAGACAGAUUUCCCUGGCCCUGGUCAGCCUCUGCAGCACCCCUUGACACACCUGGAUGCUGAACACCAGGAGAGUGCACUUGAGAUAAACAAACUGAUUUUGCGGUUCAUUGGUGACAAGAGUCUCAGUGGCUGGCAGGAGAUCCUGCUGGGCAACUACAUUGCUGGGAGAGGUCUGAGUGAUGCUGCUCUGCGCAAUGAAAUCUUCAGCCAGGUGGUUGCCCAGACCUGGAGGAACCCAGACCCUGAGCACAGCCAGCGAGGCUGGGUCCUGAUGGCGACUCUGCUGAGCUGCUUUGGCCCCUCACCAGCACUGGAGAAGCCACUGCUGAAGUUUGUGUCAGACUAUGGCAUGGAGGGCUACAGCGCUGUUUGCCAGCGCAAGAUGCUGACGGCAGCUCAGUGUGCAGAGCCUGCACCCUCUCGGGCUUACCCUCCCACCCAGCUGGAGUGGACAGCAAACCAGAGGAGAGGCAAGAUGGUGCUGGAUGUUCACACCUUUAAUGAGGAGAAGUUCUCAGCUGAGGUGGAGUCCUGGAUGACUGGGGAGCAGUAUGCAGCCUGGAUCCUGAGUGCAAGGGGCUGUGACAAGAGUACUCGAGGGUGGUCUGUCUCCAUGUUCACUGGAAACACAUGGCAGGACCUGCUGGGCUCUGACUUUGUGCUGGACCUCAUUGGAGAGAUGGAGGAGACCAGCAACUUCAGCAGCUCCUCCCAGGCCCCCACUGAGUACCCCAUCACUCCAGAAAGGGACAGGAGCAUCCUGCAGUCCUCUGACCUGGACAUGAUCCCUCCUGCUCCGGGUAUCCAGGCCCCUGCCUUCCCCCCACCCAGUCUGCCUCCAGAACUUCUUGGUGUCCACCCAGGUUCAAGGUUUAGAGAUGACUUGAGUACCCCUGUAGGCUUGGAUCACUAUGUGGAUGAUCUCUUCAGCCCUGUGCUACAUCAGGGCUCCAGAGUAUCUGAUAUGGAGAACAGAGAGAUUCUCACCAGACGCAUGAAAGGAGGUGGCAAGAUUGGACCCACACAGAGAGGAAUCCUUCCCUCUACAGGCUUCUCUGGAAUGACUCAAACACCAGUUUACCAGCCCGUGCCCUCCAUGGUGGGGAUGCCAGCAGCCAUGCCCAUGAUGCCAGGGGCUGCUGGGGUUGCACCUAUGCCAGCCAUGGUGAUGCCCCAGCCCAUGGUUCCAGCUGUAGAUCCCAGCCAGCUGGCAGCCCAGCAGCAAGCCUUUAUCAACCAGCAAGCCAUGCUCAUGGCCCAGCAGAUGACCCUUCAAGCCAUGAGCAUUUCCCAGCAGCAGCAGCAGGAGCUGCAGAAGUGGCAAAAGUCUCUUGAGAACUCAAGGCCAAAAGUCUCAAGCUCAGCAAAAGCCUCAGGCCCAGCCACUCUCCCAAAACCCAAGACACCUUCCAGCAGCCAGGCAUCACCAUCAAGGUCUCCAGAGCUACCAGCUAAGGCAAAAGAGCCGGAUUACAACUACACAGAAGAGGAGUUCUCCAGCAGUGAGGAUGAUGACUAUCCUCGGGAAACCUUCCAGCAGAAGAGAGAGUACUUCCAGAAGAUGGGAGAGCAGCACAUCCGAGUAAAGAAAGUCAGACCUAGCAAAACCUGGACUCCUCCAGCAAAACCCCAGCCAAAGGAGGAGGAGAAAAGAGAGGAGCUGGAGAAGAGGAAAGAAGUGAAGCCUGUCCCUAAAGCAGAGCCAGCUCCUGUUUCGCCUCUGCCAUCUCCUAAACCAAAGCCAAAACUGGAGACACCAAAACCAAAGAAGGAGCCACCUGUAGUGAAGCCUUCAGGGCCUGAGUCUCGUCCUGCACCCAGCCACGAGAUCGGGAACAUCAUCAAAAUGUACCAGAGCAGACCAGCCCCUGAGCCCCAGCCCUUCCAGCCCAUCAGGAGAGUAUCCAAGCCAUUUAUAAAGAAGAAUGACCCCAAAAAUGAAGCUCUGGCCAAGCUGGGAAUGAUGAACCCCUCACCUCAGCCAUCACCAUCUCCUGUGCCACAGGAGAAGAAAACACCUCCACCUGUCAAACCCAAGCCAGGGCCAGCUUCCAGCUCUAUCAAGGAAAAGCAGUUGCCUCUCCUGUCCAUCUUCAAACCAGAGGGUGCCCCACCAGCUUCCCAGGCCCCUCGUGCUCCCAUUCUUCCCCAGCCAACACCUGAGGACCAAGGCAGGCAGGAAUCCACAGGGAAAGACUCUGCUGUGACGGUGGCAGGUGAUGAUGGGAUCAAGACCCAGCUGUACAAGCUCACUGCCAGUGUCAGCUUUUCCUAUGUUGACCCUGCCUGGAAGAUUUUUCUGCGCAAAGAGGUGUUUUACCCCAAAGAAAAUUUCAGCCACCCUUACUGUCUGAACUUGCUGUGUGAACAGAUCAUCCGUGACACCUUCUCUGAGUCCAGCUUUCGGAUCUCCAGGGAGGAGAAGCGCAAGAUGAAAGACCUGCUGAUGGAGUUCCGAGUUGGCAACAAUGCCCAGUCCAUUCAGGAGGACGGGAUAAAGAAGAGGAUUGUAGUGGCUGCUCGGGACAACUGGGCCAACUAUUUCUCCCGCCUUUUCCCAGUUCAGGGUGAAAAGGGAAGUGAUGUGCAGAUCCUGGGUGUUUCUCACCGGGGCAUGAGGCUGCUGAAGGUGGAGAAAGCAGCUGGAUACCAUCCUGAGCACCUCAAGAUCCUACGCAGCUAUGGCUUUGCAGAUGUGCUGUCAGUGGAGGUGAAAGGCAGCCAUUCCCUGGAGUUCUCCCUGAAGACAGAGCAGCUCAUCCUGCACUCUCCGAAGGCUCCGUGCAUCAAGACCAUGGUGGAACUCUUCAUGCAGGAGCUGAGGCAGGACACCAACUACGUUGUGGCUCUGCGCAGCUACAUCGUGGAUGACAAGAGCCUGCUCAGCUUCAAGAAGGGCGACCUCAUCGAGCUGCUGCCCAUGCAGGGCGUGGAGCCAGGGUGGCAGUUCGGCUCCACCGGUGGCCGCUGUGGUCUCUUCCCCACCAGCCUGGUGCAGCUGGCUCCUGCCCCUGACUACCUCAGCGCCAGCAUGGACAGACGGGGAGAGCAGCGGAAGAGCAUGAAAGCUUCCCCAGAGAGCAGGAACACCAGCAGGGAGAGUUCUGUCCUCAGCCUGACACCAGAAGGCACCAGCAGCAUCUUAGUCCCUGCUGGUGACCAUUACACCAUGACUGACUUCGCCAUCGCCUACUUCCGAGAGGCCCAGUCCCUGCAGGGCCUGAAGGGGACAUCUGCUGAGAAGAGUGUUGCUGACCUGGUGCGGCACACCAAGGUCCCAAUCCAGGCAUCUUUGCUCCAGUACUCUGACAGUGAGCUGAACGAGCUGGCUACAAAGAACUUCCAGACGCUGAUGCGGUUCAUGGGAGAUCAGCCAAAACACAAGCACCAGGCUGAGGUCCAAUGCAUCUAUGAAAUCCUUCAGCUGUGCAAGGAAAAGGAGAAUUUACACGAUGAGAUCUACUGCCAGGUCAUCAAACAGGUCACCCACAACCCUCAGCAGGAGAGCGAGCUGCGGGGCUGGUUGCUCCUAAACCUGCUCACUGGGUACUUCCUGCCUUCCAAAAUCCUGAUGCCCUAUGCCACCAAGUUCCUGCAGCUGGCCAGCAGUGAUCCAUCCAGCACCCACCACGAUAUAGCCAAGAUCUGCCAGAGCAACCUGCGCAAAAACUUCCUGUACGGGGGCCGUCGGCACCUCCCUUUCCCUGUGGAGAUGGAGGCUCUGCUGAAGGGACACGGUGCCCGCCGGCUGGUGGUGCUGAUGCCUGGAGGCAUGGAGUACCUCACCAGGAUCAGGACAUUCACUGUGGCCAAGGAGCUCUUGCAGGAGAUCUGUGAGCAGAUGGGAAUAGGUGAACAGCAAGAGAUACAGGACUUUGUUCUCUUUGCUAUCAGGAGUGACGACAAAGAUCUUGGUAAAAUGGUGAGGCCAAUAAAAUUGGAGGAGUAUCUGCAUGAUUACCUGCUGGAGGACAAGCUGGUCACUGUCACCUUGCGCAGGCUCAUCUGGAGGACACCUCUGCACUUUGACAGCCAGACUUACACAGAUGUCCAUUAUGGACAGGUGCUGUGGGAUUACCUGAAUGGGAGGAUCCUGCUGAGCCAGAGUAAAGAAAUGGAGAUGCAGGUGGGCCUUUUGGCAAUGCUCCAGCACUGGGUCAAAAUGGAGCAGCAGAACUCUGCUCCCUCCAGGGAAGAACUGAAGGAAUACAUUCCAAAGACCCUGCAGCCCUCCAUCAGCCUCAAGGCUCUGCACAACCACGUGGCCACACUGCUGAGAACAAGGCAGCCCCUCCAGCCACUGGAUGCAAAAAUCCAGUUCAUAGAGCACGUGAUGAAAUUGCCUUUCUUUGGCUACACCAUCUUCAUAGUGGAGAGAAUCAGUGAUAACAUGGUCCCUGUGCCCUGUUUCUUUGGUGUGAACAAGGAGGAGAUCAUUUUGGUGGAUGGCACCACCCAGGUGGUGUCCCAGGUCAUCCCUCUGAAGGAGCUGCAGAAGAUGCGCACCCUGAGGCCCAUCUCUGAUGGGGGCCUUCCCGGCCUGGAGCUCAGCUAUGGCUCCCCUAGCAGCCCCAGGGCCAUGUGGGUGGAACUGUCACAGGCCAAAGAACUGUACCACACAAUUGUGGUCAUCCUGGAUAAAACAGAGUUGCAUUCCUAGAGCCUAAAAGGAGGAGAAAACAAAGGAAAACAACACUAUUUCCCUUGCUCUGAACUUGAUCAGUGCUUCCUGACCCACAUCCUUGGGAGAUCCCAGAAGACACCCAUGAGCUCAGCCAGCUGCUUUCUAAGAAUGCCAGCACAGUGUUUGUUGAUGGAUGACCAUAACCCUCCUGAUCUGCCAUUCAGUCCCCAGGCACUUCCUUGGAACAGUUCAUGUUGUGGCCAAACAAACCCCAAGGGCCUCUCCACACACAGCCUGUUCCAGCAAAGAACAGCUGACCCCAAAGUAAGCACUUGCCUUCAAGUUGUGUACACCAUGCAACUCCUCCUUUCUGUUUUGAAUUAAUUAUCAUGAGCAAAGCCUGGUGCUUGCUGGAGAUUUGUGUAUCCCAGCUGAGACUGUGCAAUCCCUCCACAGGCUGCUGGUAUUUUCCAGGAGCCAGAUUUGUCUCUGAAUGCAGAGGUCCUGUAGCAGGAUUCAUGAAGCAGGAGUUUGUAGAAAGCAUCCUAAUUGAAAAGCAGAUCAGUGUUAAUCAUACAAUUAGCACAUACACUGGGGCACAGAUUGAGCUGCAAUGGUAAGGAAGUUUAUUGUUAAUUAAUUUCUCACUGACAUAAUUGUAUGCAUAUGCUUCCCUCCACUAUAAAGAAGUCAGUCAUGGCCAUGCAGCUGUCAGACUUCAGUGGUGGCUCCAUGCCCAUGGAGGAAGCAUCUUCAAACAGAACUUGUACUAUACUGAAGUGUUCUGGGUUGUAUAAAAAUAUUUAAUU